AUGUUCGGCGGAUGGAUGACUGCAGGCAACCUCUUGGGAGGCGAGAGCGCCAACAUGGACGUGAAGGUCGGAAGAUGGAAGCGGAUGUUCCUCCGCAUGGGAGAAAGGUUUCGCUGGGCAGCAAAAGGAUUGCUCCUUUGGCUUUUGCAAAGGCCCUACUUGCGAUAUCUGCCAUUGCCCUAUCCCUCGACUACCACGACAGCAGCUUGGUUGGCUCAGGUGUGCAAGCAGGUUUCAGAUGGAACCAUCCCUCCGAGGUACCUCAAGAACUGCCUGGAGAAGAACCUGUUCACCAUGAGCAAUUUGGCAGAAUGUCGGCACCUUCGCAACCGGGUGGGGCUCAGGACAUCGUUCAUCGAAGAUCCCGUCCUGGCAGGAAUGAUGGCAGCGCAGACGACCAAGGGCAUCACAGCCAAACUGAGGAGUGCUGCUCAGAAGGAAGCCAAAGAGCUGGCCAAGAAAGCAGAAGCAGACGGAAGUCGAGAACAAGAGGCUCGGGCACUCAUUGGCUCACGAGGAGGUCUUCCUACCCUCCGAGCAGAUCUGGUGAAGUUGGCUGCUUUGCUUCAUGUGGAUCUGGGCGAGAAAGACUCCGUGGCUCAGAUCAAGGAAAAGGUGAAGCCUAUGAUCGAGAUCCUCAAGAACAAGAAGCCAGCGAUAAGCCCAGCAAAGGCCAACACGGCCGAAGAGAUUUCAGCGAGCUCUUCUUCACCGCCCGCCAGGCUGUUCAACGACAACCCCAAGAACCUGGCAGUUCAGCAACAAGAGAUGAGGGCUAUGAUGGAGCAGAUGUCUCGCGAGCUGGCAUUGCUGCGCUCACAAGUGACUCCGGAAAUGGAGGUGGAUCUCAGCUCAGAGCCAAGUCUGAUCCCAGACUCGCCACAGGAUGCCUCACCCGUGAACUUCACCGAGGCCGAGAUUCGGGAAUUGAAUGGUCAGGCCUACGAGGAGCUGUACGGAGCCAAUUUGACCGCUCAGUUCGGGGACGACAUUCCGGCCGAAGUGAUGCAGGAGAUCCGUCUGGGUCUCAGGGAUGGAGCAGGGAUGCAGAUGAAAGAGUUGCUGGUGGCUGACCAUGAACAGGAGAUGUUGGACUUCAUGACCGAAGAGACCUUCUUCCAACCGUUUGAAUUGUGUCUUCCGGAUGACAAGGUUCUUGCCGGUUUUGAGGCCCUUCAGAAUGAGAGCCAGCCCAAGAAUGUCUUGAUUUCCAAGAAUGUCAAGCCCCCUGACAAGGAGCGGUCCCUUGUGUCUGAGGUCUACACCACUUCGCAGAAUGUCAUGCGAGAGGCUGAACGAAGAGGCCACAAGGUGGGUCCGGCUAUGUCGUUGGACAAUGGAUGGAACUUCCUUUUGGCGGAGCACCGAAGCCGGGCUAUGAAGGUUUUGGAGGAGGAGAAGCCUUACUGCGUGGCGCUUGCUUUUCCAUGUGGGCCUUUCAGUCCACUACAGUACCUCAACACUCGAGGAUUGACUUCCUUGGAUCAACGUCAAGCGGACG